AUUUCCUUUUAAAUCUCAAAGUUUGGUGCAUGUAACCUAACAGAGGUUUUGGAUACAUAAUGAGCAUGUAUUGAUAAUAAAGACCUGGAUUGUUUUGCAACAUAACCCAUGUAUUGCAUUAUAUUAUGAGUAAAUAAUGCUGAAAUAUUAACCAGGACUGAACAGUUAAAGGUUUGAUGCAUGACAUACAUCAAAUUCAAACAUGAAAAAUGCCAUUUUUGUUUUAUGUUGCAUGCAAAUUAAUUAUUAAAUCAAGGAUCUGAUGUUUCAGAUAGGAUCAUCUUUUUUAUUUUGAAUUGUGAGCUCAUUUAAACAGCUGCCCACACUUGUUGGAUUUAAAAGGUAAGAGGGCUACUGAAUCACCGUUGCAGAUUUUGGAAAGAACUGGAAUGCUUCCAAAAAUCAUCUAUAGCUUCUCUUAUUCUGCCGAAGACAAAUAAGACAGUGAAUAAACACCCUUUUUAACAAUACCUUUUUCUUCUGUACCUCGACAGCAUUUGAUCUACUUUGAAGACACAAUAUGAUCUUCAUUACUGCUAAAAAACUACAUUUUGUUUAUUAUCUAUCAAUAGGUCUUUUGGGUCUACCACUGAUUACAGAAUGUAACAAAAUAAAGCUGGUCGGGCCUUCGCGUUGCUCUGGUAGACUGGAGGUCUACAACAGAGACCAAUGGGGAACGGUGUGUGAUGAUCAAUGGAGCAUUACCAACGCUGACGUGGUUUGUCGAGAGUUAAACUGUGGGACAGUUCUUGAGGUCAAAACAGGCGCCUCUUUUGGAGAGGGAAAGGGCAUGAUCUGGUUGGAUGAUGUGCAGUGUACUGGUAGCGAGUCGUCUGUCCUCAAGUGCCCACACAGACCAUUUGGGCAAAAUAAUUGUGGCCACACUGAAGAUGCUGGGGUUGUCUGUUCAGAACAUGUGAGGGUGCUCAACGGAAGCAAUCGGUGUAGUGGCAGAGUGGAAGUCUACAACAAUGGCAACUGGAAAAGACUGUGCAGCAGUGACUGGAGCAAGGAAGACGCUGACGUGGUAUGCCGAGAGAUGAACUGUGGCACUCCGGUCACUCAGGCUGAAGUGCAAUAUUUUGGAGAGGCACUUGGACUUGGUAGCGUUAAAUCCAACUGUUUUGGAAAUGAGAGCUCCCUCUCACAAUGCACACUUCAGGAAAGCAAUGAGAGCUGUGUUGAUGCCAUUGUUGUCUGUUCAAACAGUCAACCAAUUCGGCUGAUGAACGGGACUGGUCGGUGCUCUGGCCGACUGGAAAUCUAUAAUGAUGGACAGUGGGGAACGAUUUGUGAUGACAGAUGGGGGAUGCAGGAAGCAACUGUUGCAUGUCGAGAGUUGAACUGUGGGAGUGCUCUCUCGGUCAAGUACAAGUCCCACUUCGGCAGAGGUCACGGUCAGGUGUGGUUGGACGAUCUUGAGUGUACUGGUCAUGAGAAGUCCAUCGCCGACUGCCCACACAGAGGUUUUGGAGAACAUGACUGUGACCACAAUGAAGAUGCCAGUGUUGUAUGCUCAGAAUCAGUCAGACUGAUCAAUGGGACUGACCGCUGCUCUGGCAGAGUGGAGGUCUUCCAUGACGGCCAAUGGGGAAAAAUGUGUAACAACUUGGGCAAUGAAGAGGCUGCAGUGGUGUGCCAGGAGCUCAGUUGUGGAUUACCAAAACAAUCCCAAGAAAUCUUCCAUUUUGGUGACAGCGGACUGAAAGGGUACACAAGUAGAUGCUCUGGCAAUGUGAGCUCCAUUUCCCAAUGCACACUUCAAGAAUACACAGGGAGAUGUGAAGGUGCUUCUCUUUCAUGUGCAGGUGUUCCACUACUAAGGCUUGUCAAUGGCACUGACCGAUGCUCUGGUAGAGUGGAGAUUCAGCAUGAUGGCCAGUGGGGAACAGUGUGUGAUGAUGAGUGGGACAUCAGAGAUGCCCAGGUGGUGUGCAGAGCCAUGGACUGUGGAACAGCUCAGACAGCCAAAGGCAGUGCCUUCUUUGGUCAAGGCCAAGGGGACAUCUGGCUGGAUGAUGUAGGCUGCUUCGGUAAUGAGACGUCCCUUUUGCACUGUCGACAUCCCACCCUUGGAGAAAAUAACUGUGGCCAUGGUGAAGAUGCUGGCGUGGUGUGCUCAGCUCACAUUAGACUGAUCAAUGGGACUGACCAGUGCUCAGGCAGGGUGGAGUUCUACCAUGGUGGACAAUGGUCAUCAGCAACUGAUGUUAACUGGGGAAUGAAUGAAGCUGCAGUGGUGUGCAGACAGAUGAACUGUGGAGAUCCCGUCAAGUUUUCAGGAUCAUAUGGCCAAGGCGGACAACUUAAAUGGUAUAGGAUCAGUUGUAGCGGUAGAGAGAGCUCUCUCACACAGUGCACACUGGAAGAACAUAUCAGGACCAGCCAGGAUCGCAUUGAAGAGGCAUCUGUCAAAUGUUCAGGUAAUGUGAAGUUGUCCGAUGGGCUCAAUCGUUGUGUUGGAAGAGUGGAGUUCUUCGGCAAAGGCCAGUGGGGGACCGUGUGUGGUGAAUCCUGGGAUGUGAAUGAUGCAAAUGUGGUGUGCAGACAGCUGGGCUGCGGGAAGACUCAUGAGAUCACCACCAUUGCCGAGUAUGGCCAUGGCACAGGACACACCUGGAUCAAUCAAAUUGGAUGCAAUGGACCGGAGUCAACACUAAGUCAGUGCCAACAAAGGCCAUUUAGAAACAACACUUGCAACGCCACCUCAAUUGCUGGUGUCGUCUGCACGGGAAGUCUGGAGGUCCGCUUGGCCAAUGGUAAGGAUGAGUGCUCUGGCAGAGUAGAGGUUCGUCAUGGCGACGUGUGGCAAACGGUGUGUGACACCGACUGGACCACGAGUAAAGCUCAGGUGGUGUGUGACCAGCUGGGAUGCGGAAAUAUAGUGAAUGCUCCCGGCAGUGCCCAUUUUGGCCAAGGCAUUGGAUCAGUAGUCGAGGCUAGCAAUUCAUGUUUUGACAAUGUGACAUCUCUUCAGCAAUGCUCACUCAAAGGUUUCAGAGGAGCCGGGUGUGGACACGACCACGAUGCUGGCGCUCUCUGUGCAGCACAGAUUCGGUUGGUCGGCAGCUCAGGUCAAUGCUCCGGUAGAGUGGAGGUCUUCUAUAAAGGCCAGUGGGGAACUGUGUGUGAUGAUGAAUGGGGAAUGGGCAAUACCAAUGUGGUAUGCAGACAGCUUGGCUGUGGUCAUGCAGUUUCCGCUCCUGCAAGUGCCCACUUUGGCCAAGGCACUGGUCCAAUAUGGCUUGAUGAUGUGGUGUGUACAGGCGAAGAGGCCGCUCUCACACAUUGUAGGCAUCCCGUUUUUGGAGAAAAUAACUGCGGGCAUGGUGAAGAUGCUAGCGCUAUCUGUUCAGGUUCUCUACAGACUCCCCAAAUCACUUUGAGUCCUGCUCCAGAGGUAAACUGGGGUGACAGAGUUGAGAUCACCUGCACUGUAGUAACAGAACACUUGGGUGGGACAUUUGUCCUGAAAAGGAGCCAAGACUCAUUUAAAAUGGAAAGAUUCUCUGAGAACGAAGCUGCAACCUUUACCUUCCCCACAGUGGACUUCAGCAAAACGGGCUCAUACUUCUGUGAAUAUCAAAAGAAAUUGCCCAAUCAAGUCAUCUAUUAUCCUCAAGGAAAUACUGCAGAUCUCUCUAUCACAGUGAAAUUGGAGAAGCCCAGCAUCUCCCUGACAUCUCCUCAUGCAAUGGUGAUCUACAGCCCUGACAAAAUAUCCGUCACCCAAGGCAGCAGCUUCUCCGUCACUUGCUCUACUCAUUCCAGACAUCCUGGAGGUUUCUUCUAUCUGAUAGAGUCUAACUUUAACAUCACUAAAGCGAUAGCACCAUUUGGCCACUCAAUCUUCUACUUGGCAUCCUUUGAAUUCCCACUGAUAGAUUAUAAAAGCCAAGGAGAGUAUUACUGUGUCUACAGUGUUAACAUCUCCUCAAGGUCCUUCUGUUCUGUUCCCUCCAAGUCACUCCAAGUAACUGUAGUCGCAACAUCCUCCUCAGUCGCCUUAGGAGUGGUUAUGGGUGGGCUUGUGGUGCUGCUACUUGUGCUGGUUAUAGGUUACCUGGUCUGGAGAAGGAGAAGGUGGGGUGCUGGUACCGUGGUUCAGUUUAUUAAUAGGUUUGGAGGAGCAAUAAUGCCAGAUAUGGAAGACAGGAGCAAUAGAGCAUUUGACGGAAGUCGUGGCCCAGAAGACUUCAAUGCUGAUGUUGAUGACUCUGUUGAGGGGGUCCCUGCAGACCUGGCUGGGAGAGUGUGUUAUGAGCUUGAACCACUCGUUCUCUUGUGAUUACCAAAUGCCUCAAGGAAUCAAUAACCUAUGUCAUGCAAUUUUACUAAAUUUAAAGAGUAACAUAGCACCUGGCUGUUUUAUGACUCUCUGGCUGAAAGUUUUAAGUCUGUUGCACCAGAAACCACACCAAACAGUGAUCGGUUUAUCAACACAUCCUGACUUACACUUCUACAUCACUGCAGUAAAGAGAGAAGGGACCACUGAAGAUGUCAUUUUGAAUAACAUACAUGACACUUGUUUAAACGGGCAACACUUAUUUUCAGACUUAUUCCUGAAGUGAUUUUUGUUUUUCUGCGAGAUUCUACCAAUCACAAAGCUAAGGUCCAC